GGCUAAUGUGCAAGAUGAAUCAUGGUGUUGGCACAUGCGAUUUGGGCACUUGAAUUUUGAAGCGCUCAAAUCAAUGGGAGAAAAGAACAUGGUGCAUGAGAUACCAUCAAUCAACAAUCCCAAUCAAUUGUGUGAAGCUUGUCUUCUUGGAAAACAUGCAAGGAGGAGUUUUCCAAAGGAGUCCAUGUCAAGAGCAACCAUGCCACUCCAACUUGUUCUCACUGAUGUGUGUGGGCUAAUCAAUCCACCCUCCUUUGGUAAAAUUUAUUUGAACAACAGGUCUCCAAUAAGAAAUGCUAGAGAUCAAACUCCUCAAGAAGCAUCGAGUGGAAGAAAACCAAGUGUUAAGCACUUGAAAAUCUUUGGGAGCAUAGCCUGUGUUCAUGUGCCACAAUAUGGAAGAGCGAAGCUUGACGAUCGAUGUAUCAAGCAUGUGUUUGUUAGCUAUGAUACGAGUUCAAAGGCUGCAAGUUAUACAACCCAAGUAGUGGCAAAGUGGUGGUAAGUCGCGAUGUUGAAUUUGAUGAAGAGACUUGACAUGGAAUUAGGAAGCUCAAGAAGAAACUUCAUAUGAUUUUCUUCCAUACUUUGGUGAUGAAGAAGAACCAUAGAUCGUGGAACCUAUGCAAGAUACAACUCCACCUCCUACUCCAACCAGUGUUGCAUCUCAUUCUUCUCAAGAAAGUUCAAAUGGACAACCGCAAAGGACGAGGAUUAUUCAAGAGCUCUAUAAAGACACAGAAGAAGUUACUAAUUUUGAUUUUUUAUAUUGUCUCUUUGCUGAUAGUGAUCCAAUAAACUUUGAUGAAACUGUUAUAGACAAAAAGUGGAGACAAGCCAUGAAGGAGGAGAUCAAGUCAAUAGAAAAAGACAACACUUUUGUAGUUAACAACUCUUCCCUAGGUACAACGAGCAUUUAGAGUGCAAUUGGUAUACAAGACAAAGAAGAGUGCUGAUGGAGAAGUGGAGAGAUACAAAGCACGACUUGUGGCUAAAGGAUACAAGCAAAGGCAAGACAUUGACUAUGAAAAAGUCUAUGCACAUGUUUCCCGCAUGGAGAUAAUUUGCUUGUUGUUCUCUUUGGCGGCGCAAAUAAAGUGGAAGAUCCAUCAACUAGACGUCAAGCUAGCCUUCUUGAAUGGCUAUCUUGAAAAAGAAGUUUAUGUUGAACAACCACGAGAAUUUGUGGUUAAAAACUAUGAAGAUAAAGUGUUGCAGUUAAAGAAAGCUUUAUAUAGAUUGAAGCAAGCCCCGCGAGCAUGGAAUAGUUGCAUUGACAAGUAUUUUCAAGACAAUUGAUUUACUCGUUGUCUCCAUGAAUAUGCUCUUUACCUUAAAAUUUAUACUAAUGGAGAUAUCUUGCAUGUUUGUCUCUAUGUUGAUGAUCUUAUUUUCAUGGGUAAUAACCCAAAUUGGUUUGAAGCUUUUAAGAAAGAUAUGUCCCGUGAGUUCGAGAUGACGGAUCUAGGGCUCAUGUCAUACUACUUGGGCCUAGAAGUGAAGCAGAUGGAGGAUGAAAUUUUUAUCUCUCAAGAAAGCUAUACAAAAGAGAUAUUAAAGAAGUUUAAUAUGCUCGAUUGCAACCCCGUGAACACGCCAAUAGAGAGUGGGACAAAAUUGUCCAAGUUUGAUGAAGGAGAAAAAGUGGAUCCCACAUUUUUCAAAAGCCUUGUGGGAAGUUUAAGGUGCUUGACUUGUACUAGGCCAGAUAUACUCUUUGCAGUUGGAGUAGUAAGUCGCUUCAUGGAAGCUCCUAACUCCACUCACUUGAAAGUCGCUAGAAGGAUUCUUCGUUACCUAAAAAGUAUGAUUGA